UAGGUUUCCAAAAGUGUGCGCUACCUGGAUAGUUUGUCGUACAGAUUCUUAAUAAAGACGUUCUGUUGUCUUUUAAAGUUUAAACGUUUUCUAACCACCUUAAAAAACCAUGUCUGGUGACUGUUCCGUUUCCGGUCAAUGUGACGAUCCCAUGAAUACCCACCAAGCUGAUGGGGAUGAUUUGAAGACGAUGGAAACAGAAACAAUAGUUGAAGAAUUUGUCAGAUUAAAGCUAAAACAAAGUGCAGGGAUUGUUCAACGCCGGCGAACUUCAACUGAUAUGGAGACACAAGCUUUAAUUGGUCGUCUUAUAGAAAUAUCAAAUGAGUUAGAAGCUCAAUAUGGCGAACGAUUGAAUCAAGAUGCUGAAAUGUGGAUCAAGUCAGCCACCUAUGAAAAGUUUCUACAGAUUGCAAAAGGAGUUUUUUCGGAUGGGAUUAUUAAUUGGUCACGAAUUGUGGUAUUGUUCAUGUUCGCUGUCAAAGUGGUAGUCAAUGCAAUUUCAAAAGGAUUUAGUGGUCUUGCUGGUGAUGUCAUAAAAUUUGUUGUUAAAUUUGUUUUUAUUCAUGGUAUAUACAAAUGGGUCGAGAGUCAUGGUGGUUGGGUCAUCAGUGCUCUGUAUCGCCUGUGCACAUCAAAUCUACUUCGUUCUCUUUCAAAGUUAAUUAUUCAGCGUCCCAUCGAUUUUGUUCUGACUGACAAAUUCUCGCUUUGUUGUCUUAACAAAUCGUAACAAAAUAAUUUUUUUCUUUGUUUAUUAUUUAUUAAACUUUGGAUCAUAUAUGUAGCAUUUUUUCCCUUUUUUUUCUACUAUGUGUAAAUUUUAAUUAUAUUUUGUCAUUGAUUAAUAUCAAAAUUGAGGUAA